AUGAUAGGUAUCGUGGUGGACUGGCUCAUAUUCCUCAUAGGAUUUCCUGCCGUCUGUCUGGCCAGUUAUGCCCUGUUCAGUUUGGUCAAAGCCGGCCGAGUGGCUCCUGUCUACGUGAUCAACCUGCUCAUCUCAGACCUUCUCCAGAUCACCAUGACGCUGGUCUUCAUUUUCAGUAGGUUCUUUGACACCACAUGUUUGCCUUUCAUGAUGGCCCGCUGCCUGUCAAGGAUCUUUGUUCGCCUGGGCCUCUGCACCAGCCUGGGCUUCAUGUUGUUGAUCUCCCUGGAGAGGUACAUGGUGGUGGUCUGUCCUCUGUGGUACCGCCUCCGACGCUCAGUGAAAAACUCCACCCUGGUCUCUCUGAGCCUCUGGGCACUGGCACUGGUUUACGUUACCUUUGAUUACAUAUUCUUGAUCGACAUGCGGUACUCACUGACAAUUUUCUCUACCAUCUCCCUGUUGCCUGCCCCUUUCCUGGUGUUGCUGUUCUUGGUCACUCAGAGGGCCCUCUCCAGGAGUAUGGCUUUCAGGGGGGCAGAAAGAAGGAGAAGGAUUCUGGGAACUCUGGGUCUGGUCCUGGGCAGUUAUACACUCCUCUUCCUCCCGUACAGCAUCAGGAAUCUGUACUACUCCAUCAAGCCCCAUGCCCCCUCAGUGUCAGACCCAGUCAGGGACCUGUCCUCUGUGAUAACCAGUGCCUUGUUGUACCUAAGCCCUCUCACUGACUGCUUUCUCUAUAUCUUCAUGAGGAGGGACCUCAGAGACACUGUGGAUGCCUUCCCCUGCUGCAGGAGGCUGCUCAAUGUGGGAGAUGUGAAACAGGACGCCAUGGAAGGCCACAAUACCCAGUUCAUUGAGAGUGAUGGGAGAGCCCUCCAGUGGCUCCUCAGGAAGAGUGACAACAGAUAUCACAUCCUCAAUGUCACUCAGGUCAUAGAGCUUCUGGAGAGGAUUGAGUUGAUGGUAAAAGCGAUAUUCAGGGAGUGA